AUGGAUGUUGAGGAUUGCGCAAACCACAUCCAGCGACUCCAGAUGCAUAAUCUGGACCAAUAUAUCCAAGAAAACCUGGAAAAAAAGCCGGUCAAGCAAAUUGUCCACUGCGAGGUGCUUCUUCAAGAUUUCCUUAUUCGGGGGAAGAUGGUGCAAACCCGUGACUACUGGGACAACACCAUGUUCAUCGCGACUAGCAAGCCUCCGUGCCGGCUCUGUCGCUACUAUCUCAAGGAAUCGGAAGACGAAUUCCUGGUUCAGUCCUCUCACAUGAACGUUUACCCAAAGUGGCGUCUUCCCGACAUGUAUCAGGGGCAGGAAGAGGAAACGAUCACGCACCGAGAGGAGUUGCUUGACGAUAUUAUUCAGCUGAUGCAGCAAGAUACUCUCCGUCUUGUCAAGGAGCUGCUUCCUCAGUGGAAGCGGUAUGAUUCAGCAUUAGUGGAACUAGCGGGCGACGUAUGA